GGCUGCGGGGCGGCGGGCGGGCACUCUCAGCCGCACUAGAGCACCGCACAAGGGCCCCAACAGCUGUCCUCAACGCCACCACAGCCUCCUCCCUCCAUGGCCAUGAGAGCCACCUGCUUCUUCCUGCUGUUCCUGCCUGCAGGCCUGCUGGCUCAGGGCCAAUAUGACCUGGAUCCUCUCCCCCCAUUCCCGGACCAUGUCCAGUACAACCACUAUGGCGACCAGAUUGACAACGCAGACAACUACUAUGACUACCAAGAAGUGAGUCCUCGACCUCCUGAGGAACAGUUCCAGUCCCAGCAGCAAGUCCCGCAGGAAGUCAUCCCAGCCCCUACCCCAGAACCGCCAGUUCCAGGAGACCUGGAGACUGAACCCACGGAGCCUGGGCCUCUUGACUGCCGUGAGGAACAGUACCCGUGCACUCGCCUCUACUCCAUCCACAAGCCUUGUAAACAGUGUCUCAAUGAGGUCUGCUUCUACAGCCUUCGCCGGGUGUAUGUCGUCAACAAGGAAAUAUGUGUCCGCACAGUCUGUGCCCAUGAGGAACUCCUCCGAGCUGACCUGUGCCGGGACAAGUUCUCCAAGUGUGGCGUGAUGGCCGUCAGUGGCCUGUGCCAAUCUGUGGCUGCCUCCUGUGCCAGGAGCUGUGGGGGCUGCUAGGGUGGAGCUGGUGUAGGAUCCGAGCCCUGGACCCAGCUCGGAUCCACUUCAGGCCCACCUGACCUGGUGCUUUCUCCCAUCCUGCCUUCCCUUUCAUCCUGGACAUCAGUGGGCUGCUGCCCCGGGGAGUGGGGCCACUCCUGAGCAUUUGGGGCUGCUGACUGUCCAGUCUCCACCCCCUAGGUGGGGUUCAUUCAAGGCCUCUUUUGGGGGUCUGGGAAUCUCAAUGUGCCUUCUCAGUGCCUUGGGGGCAUUCCUCCCUUUUCAGUCUCCUCAGGUAGGCUGUGCCCCUCACCCAGCUGGUCUGCUUGGAUUUCCUAUGCCCCCAGGCAUGGGCCACCUUUGUUUUAUACAAAAUAAUAAA